UCAGGAUCAUUGAGUCAAUUAAGUAGGGAGGUAGAAAAAACUGUACUUUACUAAUGCUCGAUUGUAGGUUUGAGCUAGAAUCGAAAUAUUUGUAUUCUAAUUCAUGGAGGUAGAGAAAUUGUACUCUAAAUUUGUACUAUACUAAAUUCAAAAAAACUCCAGCGGGAAUCAAUUCGGUCAUUUAUUUGGCAACUUAAAGAAAAUAAAGUAUACGAAUAAAGUUGGAGCCAAAAGUGACUUGAAAAAUCUCACUUUGAAAAAGUGGCAAACCUAAAUAUUUAGUACAAUCGAGUUCAGAGACGGGACUGGAAAUCGCCGAUUGUAUUUUAUUGUGAGGGGUGGUACAAUACAAUUCAAAGUCACAAUAUAGUACAAAUGGCCAGAAUACAGUUUUUUCUACCUCCCUAGUAUCUACCCAUCAUUUCCAGAUAGAUAACCAAAAUUGUAUAACAAUGUCAUAAAUUAUUGAUAUAAAAAAUGCAAAUAUUUAUCCACGUGGAUCAACUAGGUCGCAUGUUCAGCAAUUUUUAAAUCGUUUUUCAAUCCCGAAUAUACGUGUCAGUUGUUUCCCUAUACGAGUACGAAUCUAAAGCAAUCUUAAGUAAGUAAAGCGAUAUAUCGGUAUUUGCAUAAUAUAGAACAGAUGGUUGGUCAGAAUAAGAAAAAAAACUGUGCGUUAGGCAAACUCGUGCUUCAACUUGUUCCAUCGAUAUAGUAGUUUUGGGUAUGUAGAUAGCAAUUCACACCUCACAAAUUAAUUCUUUUCCGUCACAAAGAAUUUCCUCCAACUGUUCAAUUUCCGCUCAUCAAUGGGAUGAGUCAGACCAGACUUCGUUUUAAAUAACUACAUACACUACAUCUGUCCAAUUAAUCUGAUUGUUUCCUCGCCUAUAAAAUAAUGACCGCAGGGUUCUCCUAACACAUACAAAACUAACUUCCGAAUAGCUCACAUCAACCAAAAUAUUCAAUUUUACGAUGAAAAUUGCUAUUGGCCUUAUCCUCGUCGCUAUGUCUUUGACAGCCAGCGAUGCUCAGUUCUUCCUUCCGGCGUCGAAUCCACUGUGGCAAUUGCUAGGUCGCCCGACUGAAUCGCCUAUCGUGAGAAAUCCUACGCUGGCCCGUCGCAGCAGCGAACUCAACAAUGCCUGUUGCGGAACAACGGCAGCUCCUCAAUGGCGGAAUCGGGUAUUGAACUUUCCAGCUGAAAACAUUUACUGUCGAUGCAACCCGGCCUCUACCGGAAGUAACACGUACAGAUGGCGCUGUGCAGCGAUCCCUCCAACCACAACGCGAGCUCCUACCACGGCUAGUCCUACCACUGCACCUCCGACAACUACAGUUGCGACUACGACCAGCGCCGUCCCAACCACGACCGUCAUGUUCUUCCCAUAAGUCAAAGAAACGGUACCAUAAAUGAUCCUGAAUCAACGUAGUCAUUGUAUUAGCUUCCUAUGAAAUUGUAACAUUGGAGAAAUUAAUAAAAUUAUAUUGGACUAUUUGC